UUUGUGUUGUUCGGUUGGGAGUAUAGGUUGACGUCAAAAAAUUCUAAGAAUGAUAAAUAUAUUGCGUUUUCGAAUUUAUUUACAUUAUUUAAAAAUAAUAAAGUGAAUUAAACAACAAGGGUGCGUGUUUUAUAUACUAUAAUGAUGGUCUUUGGAAGAUUAAAACAUGAAAACAAGUGUAAAAUCCAGUUCGAAUAUUAAUAGCGUAAAUAAAAGUAAAUUAUAAAAUAAAAAUAUCUACACGCAGUAACGGUAAUACUAAAACAUACGGGCCGUGAAACCAAAACACAUAAGUGGAGGUGUAUUUAUCUGUCACAGUAAACACCAAACGAUCUGCAUUUAUACAUUGCGGAUCCUUUAUCAUACUUACAUACUUACAUACACACGUGUGUCUUGGAAGCGUGUUUGUUUACAUUUUCCCUGCGCUUUUGUGAUGUCAAGUAAAUUACAGAAAAUUCGCCACAUUUAUGUGUCAAUUAUUUUUUGACAUUUGAAUGAUCACUGCAAAUAUCACCCAGAGCUGGCGUCUUUUGUUAAGUAAGUGAUCGAUCGUACGGUGAACCUAAAGUGACAAAAUCAAAUUAACAAAUACGUGCUAAAGUAUAAUGAAAUUAAGAAAUUUAGUGUAAUACGAAUAAAUUGGAAUAACGCAAGUAACAGUGAAGACUUGUCGCCAGCAACAUCCGCACGCUCACCUAUGUAUGUACAUCAGAUCAAUUUUGUUUUCUGCUUUGUUAAGCUCUGUGUAGUGCGCUUGUAUUGUGUUUGUGUGCGUGUAAUUUCUGUUUGCUGCAAUUUAGAUUAUUUUUAAUUGCUGGCAUAAUUUGUCAACAUAAAUUCAAUUAGGAAAAUUGCAAAUUGCUCGGUUCGCCCAACGUUUGUUAAGUGAAUGUGAGCAACUAAACGAAUGAUAAUUGGAAGUGUCACGCUACUUUAUGAAUAAGGUCAAUUACAAUAACAAAAUAAAAUAAAAAUAAAAAUAAAAAUUUUUUAUAUGCAUGUAUAUACAUAUAUAUACGUGUAUGUGCAUAAGUGAAAUUGUUUUUUUUUUUUUUUUGGUUUGUGGCUUUGCAAUGCAUCUUCAGUGCACUUAAUUUUCUUUAGCGAAAAUUUUAUGAAUGAAAAGUGUAGAGAAAAAUAUGUUUACAACUCAGCGUGCCCGCUUUGUGAACAACACACCGAAACAAGAAACGAAACGCCCACACAUCAAGGGGCGCCAGCAGCUUGUACUCACAGCGGCAGCACAAAUAAACACGAACAACAACAGUAAUAGUGCGUAUAAACGCAUUCGCACAAUAAAAUGCCGGCAAAAGUUACAACUGCUGCAUCGGCUCAUUCCGUCACUAAAUUGUGAUGCCGGUAGUGGUCGGUGUGCACUCUUCUAUGCGACAUUAUUGGUUUUGUUUUGUGUCAGCUUCAUUGAUCUUGUUGUUGCGCGUGCGACGGAUAGCGUUGCCGCGGCUGCAACUGCAGCGGAGUCAGUAAUUACAACAACCGCUUUACGGGCAAACCACAAUUACAAUCAUAAACAACACCAUCGUAACGCUAUGCUUUAUGCGCGUAAUAAUUUCACCGAUUUAUCAAAUUUAAGCGCAAUGGAUUUGAUAGAGGGAAAAGGUGGCGCUGAUGUUGAGGAUAUUAUGACAGAUACGGCGGUUGCUUUGCCGGCGCGUACGCCGGAUGCCAAAACCAAUGCAGGUUGCCCACCUACCACAAGUUCGCAUUGUUUGCGUUGCAACAGCGAGGGCUGCAUCAAGUGUCCAGCCUACCUGAUGACCGACACCAGGCAGUGUGUGGAGCAAUGUCCGUCCGGCUACAUCGAUCAAUGGUCGGCGCAUACCGAAUUUAUGGGACGCGUUUGUGUCUCCACCGGCUACUCGGGUCCUGUGAUGGCAGCUAUAGCAGGUCUUAUUGGCGGCUUUGUCGUUUGUCUCACACUGCUGGCUGUUGCCAUGAUGUUAGUACGACGACGACGGCGGCGUAAAACUAUUAAACAGAAAUUAAUUAAUGAAAACACCAUGGAUCGUUCCGAUUUCCUACGACAGCUCAACGAAAUGCGUCCGAAUGCUGAAUAUUUCCUAGCCAUGUUGAACGAUACACGACGUCAAAUACGCAAAUUGUAUUUAUCCGGCGAAGUGAGCGCAGCAAAUUCCUACCGACCGAUCGUGCGAGAUCUUGCCAAAAUAUUGAUACUAUUAAAUAGACCCAUCGAAUUGAUACCGGCGGCGCCGCAUGACUGGAAUCGUUUGUAUGCGUGGUCCGAACAAGCGUUGGAGCGUUACAAACCGCAAGUGGGUCAUUUAAUCGAUUUCUUUCAACCAUCCGGUGUGGGUGGUGGUCGCGGCGGAAGUAGCGGCGGUGGUAUUACUGAUGACUUCGAUGCAACAUUCUUUCCACAAAAAAGCAAUCUGUAUAGACAAAGCAUGUUGCCGGGUACGGGCCAACAGAAAUUGCACAUGUUCGGCUCGCUCAUAAGUCUGCACGAAUUCGAAGAACCACGACCGUCCGAUCCGUUUGGCAGCAGCUUCAAUACGCUGAAGAACGGCAAUCUGAUAUCGGAUCUCAAUGCGAGUUCGCUGUGGCUCGAGGAUGAAUUCUAUAAGCUGGGCUUUAGGCCACAGGAUGAAAUCACGACUGAGUUAUAAUGUACAUUUACAUUUGUAUAUGUAUUUAUUGAAAUAUUCUCAUUAUGUGAAUGUGUUUUGUUUUUGUUUUCUGUUUUUUUUUUAUUUUUUAUUUUUGUUUCUUAUCACAUGAAGCCAAUCAUGUAAUUAUGUUAGUUUUUUACACCUAAUAUUAAUGUAGAAUUAUUUUUAUGUGAAUUAGGUUUUAUUUUACUUUACAUAUAGAGCAGCGCGUAGUUUUAGUUGCUAAAAAGUAUUAUUUUGUUUUUGCUUACAACUUACACAAAUAUGUACAUACAAACCGACAUUUACACAAACAUGUAUUUACAUACAAACAAUUUUCACAAAACCUGUAAUAUACAACCAGCCUAUGUCACAAAUACUUACAUACAUACAUAUAGUUUGUAUACAUAUUAGGUGUAGUAAAAAGAAAUCCAUUACUUUU